AGUUGAAACGUUAAGCGGUAAACAUGUUUUAGAAAAAUAGCUCUUGCGUUAAACGUUCAGAUACAAGUUAAGUCAAGUCAAGACAAGUAAUGUUAAUGUUAAAGUAAAAAUUUGUGACUUGUAUUAAAAAAAAAAAAUCUGUUCUAAGACUUAUUUGCCGCGUAUGAGAAUUUAACUUAAAAUAAAACAAAAAAAAUUAUUUAAUAAAUUAAAUAAUAAAAAUAAGAAAUCGCUUAGUCUUGCAACGUAAACGCUUACCAAAAACAAGGAUUACGGGUUUUCGGUCUACAACGGCAACAAGCGAUUUCCAUCAUUAACAGUGACUUUUUGUCCAAAGUGUGAAAAUGAUAACAAGAAAAUAUUAAGAAAUUUUAAAAAUCCCAAAAAAUAAAUAUUAAAUAUCUUAAAAUGUGCAUUGUAGCAUUUGAAAAUUGUAUAAAAUUGUGAAAUUAAGAAAAACAAAAAAAUUAGAAGCACCUCACAAAACACUUUCAACAGGACGUCUCAGUCCACACACCAAAAAUUUUACUAAACACCAAUAGUGCAAAAAAAAAAUCUUCAAGAAUUCUAAUCAAAAUGCGUGCUUCAACGGUGCAACUUGUGUUAAUCGUUUUGUGCUGCUGGCUCAGUAGCGCUUGCGCCCAGUGCUCCUGGGAGUUCUUGCGCACCACCAUGGACAUAAGGUGUAAUUUGCGUGCCAUCGAGUCUACCGCGCCGCUCGACUUGCAAGUAGCCGAAACCGCAAAUCGCUUAGAGAUACAAUGCAUGAGCGAUUUGCUCUACGCGAGUGAGUUGCCCGCGAACUCCUUCGCGCGUCUACAGAAACUCUCUCAACUGCAUUUGGACUCGUGCAAAAUGCAACGUGUGUCCGCAAACGCUUUCGAGGGUCUAAUGUCAUUGAAAAGCUUGUCGCUGCAAACGCACAACUCGGUCUGGGGUCCAGGAAAGACGCUAGAAAUUUUGCCCACCUCGUUUUACGGUUUGCGUGAGUUGAACGAAUUGAACUUGGCCGACAAUAAUAUCCGUCAGUUACCAGAAGGUGUUUGGUGCUCUAUGCAGAAUUUGCAAGUCUUGAAUUUAACAUCGAAUCGUAUACGUGCAGCUGAAAAUCUGGGUUUCUCAGAGAAAAUGUGUUCACUGAAUGGCGCCAGUGGUGGUGCUGAGUUGCAAGUGUUGGAUGUAUCGUUCAAUGAAUUGCGUGCGUUGCCCGAUGUUUGGGGUGCAUCACGUUUACGUCGUCUUCAGCAGCUCAGUUUACAACAUAAUAAUAUCAGCACUUUUGCGGCUAAUGCGCUGGCCGGUUUGAGCUCAUUGCGCGUACUCAACUUGUCAUAUAAUCACCUAGAAACUCUACCUGCAGAAGCAUUUGCUGGCAAUAAAGAACUACGUGAGAUACACUUGCAAGGCAAUGAGUUGUACGAUCUACCAAAAGGUUUGUUUCAUCGUCUAGAACAACUAUUAGUGCUGGAUUUAAGUGGUAAUCAAUUAACAAGUCAUCAUGUGGAUAAUAAUACAUUUGCUGGGCUAAUACGACUGAUUGUGUUGAAUUUGGCUAACAAUGCUUUGACACGUAUUGGUGCCAAAACCUUUAAAGAGUUGUAUUUUCUACAAAUACUCGAUAUGCGCAAUAAUUCUAUUGGUCAUAUUGAAGACGGAGCGUUCCUGCCAUUGUACAAUUUACACACUCUUAAUUUAGCUGAAAAUCGUUUACACACAUUGGACAACAAAAUCUUCAAUGGUCUUUUCGUUCUAACCAAACUGACACUAAAUAACAAUUUAAUUAGCAAUGUCGAGACGCAAGCGUUCCGUAACUGCUCCGAUUUAAAAGAGCUUGAUUUGAGCUCGAAUCAAUUAGCUGAUGUACCUGAAGCUGUGCAAGAUUUAAGUAUGCUGAAAACGCUCGAUUUAGGUGAGAAUCAAAUUUCCGAGUUCAAAAAUGGCACAUUCAAGAAUCUUAGUCAAUUAACUGGUCUACGCCUCAUUGACAAUCGUAUUGGCAAUAUAACAAUUGGCAUGUUCAGUGAUUUACCACGCCUGAGCGUACUCAAUUUGGCCAAAAAUCGUAUACAAGCCAUUGAACGUGGCGCCUUCGACAAAAAUUCCGAAAUAGAAGCCAUACGUUUAGAUAAAAAUUUUCUCACUGACAUUAAUGGCAUUUUUGCUACAUUAGCUUCGUUACUCUGGUUAAAUCUGUCCGAAAAUCAUCUCGUUUGGUUCGAUUAUGCCUUCAUACCUUCAAAUCUAAAAUGGUUAGAUAUACACGGCAACUAUAUUGAAGCUUUGGGUAAUUACUAUAAACUACAGGAGGAGAUACGUGUCACCACACUCGACGCCAGUCAUAAUCGCAUUACAGAAGUCGGUGCCAUGUCAGUGCCAAACUCCAUUGAACUGCUCUUCAUCAAUAACAAUAUUAUUAACCAAAUACAAGCCAACACCUUCGUCGACAAAACGCGUCUGGCGCGCGUCGACUUGUAUGCUAAUGUACUAUCGAAAAUUUCCUUGAAUUCGCUUCGCGUAGCGCCCGUUGCUGCUGAUAAGCAAGUACCUGAGUUUUAUCUUGGCGGCAAUCCAUUCGAAUGCGACUGCUCAAUGGAAUGGUUGCAACGCAUUAACAAUAUGACCACCCGCCAGCAUCCAAAAAUCAUCGACUUAGGCAAUAUCGAGUGUCUAAUGCCGCACAGUCGCAAUGCGCCCAUACGUCAAUUGUCUUCGCUUAGCAGCAGCGACUUUGUCUGCAAAUAUGAAUCGCACUGCCCCGCUACUUGCCACUGCUGUGAUUUCGAACAAUGCGACUGCGAAAUGGUUUGUCCUGACAAUUGUACCUGUUUUCACGAUGCUACCUGGUCGACAAACAUCGUCGACUGUGGGAAACAAAAUCGUAUUAGUCUGCCAGCACGCAUUCCCAACGAUGUUACUGAUUUGUAUUUGGAUGGCAAUAAUCUUCCUGUGCUCGACGCUCAUGUCUUGGCUGGGAAACGCAAUUUGCGUGCACUCUACCUGAAUGCGUCUAAUGUUAUGUCUCUGCAGAAUGGCACCUUCGGAGAUCUGAGCAUGCUGCGCACCUUACACAUGGAAAACAAUAAAUUGCAAUCCUUGGCAGGCAUAGAGUUCGCACAAUUGACAUUAUUGAAAGAAUUGUACUUGCACAAUAAUCUACUGAGUCACAUAUCGAAUGCCACAUUUACACCUCUGGUCUCGUUGAAAGUCUUGCGACUCGACAAUAAUCGACUGAGUGCCAUGCCCAUUGCGCAACUAGCAAAUUUGCAGUAUCGUAACAAUCUACAGGGUUUGACUAUUGGACGCAAUGCUUGGUCCUGUCGUUGUCAGUUCUUGCAAGAGUUGGCACAAUUCGUUUCCGAUAAUGCUAUGGUUGUGCGUGAUGCACAUGACAUCUACUGUGUGGAUGCAGGCGUGAAGCGCGAACUAGAUUUGACUACUACGAACAGCGUGGACUGCAGCGAAUUGUUGGAGGCAGCAAGUAAUAUGGCAUCACAAGAUUUGGCAGGUGGUUAUGUACCACUCCUGGCAGCUGUGUUGGUGUUGAUCUUCCUAAUUGUUGUGCUAAUCAUUGUGUUUGUCUUCCGUGAGUCUGUGCGCAUGUGGCUCUUUGCACAUUAUGGCGUACGCGUCUGUGAACCACGUUUUGAAGAUGCAGGCAAACUUUACGAUGCUAUUAUUUUACACUCAGCCAAAGACUAUGAAUUCGUGUGCCGUAAUAUAGCAGCUGAACUAGAGCAUGGCCGUCCACCUUUCCGUCUAUGCAUACAGCAACGUGAUCUGCCACCAGAAGCUAGUCAUUUGCAAAUUGUGGAAGCUGCACGCGCUUCACGUAAAAUCAUACUUGUGCUUACCCGCAAUCUGCUAACCACAGAAUGGCAACGUACUGAAUUCCGCAAUGCAUUCCAUGAAUCUCUACGAGGUCUAGCACAAAAGCUCGUCAUCAUCGAAGAAACAAAUGUCUCUAGCGAAGCUGAAGAUGUAGCCGAACUAGCGCCAUAUCUAAAAUCUGUGCCAUCAAAUCGUCUAUUGACUUGUGAUCGUUACUUCUGGGAAAAACUGCGCUAUGCCAUACCAAUUGAGUUGUCACCACGCGGUAACAACUAUACAUUGGAUCAUCAUGAACGCUUCAAGCAACCAGUUUCACCAGGUGUCAUCUUUCGUCAAGCACCACCGCCACCCGCCUACUAUCAAGAAGAUAUGGAAGCUAACUAUUCUUCAGCCACUACCGCCACACCAUCGCCACGCCCUAAUCGUCAUGGUGCACGCGUUGAUGCCAUACCUAUGCGCCCACCCUCCGAACAUAUCUAUCAUAGCAUCGAAUCGGAAUAUAGCGCCUAUGAACAACAGGAGGCGCUUUCGAUGAUACCAAACGGUGGUAGUGCUGCCAAUUUCAUGCAACAUCCAGCGGCACAUCAUUCUCAUCAUCAUUUACAACAGCAACAACAACUGUUAGCACCAGUCAUGGGCAGUUACCGCAACCACGCACAAAACAACCCUCGUGGUGCGGGGCACCACUCCGCAGCGUUACUGCAACAUCAGCAACAACAACAACAGCAGCAGCAGCAACAGCAUUGGCGACCAGCGAUGUGUGUCACACAACAAACGAAUGCGAAUUCCUUGCUAAACACCAAUCAGCAACAAGCUGGUGCGCCAAUACAUUUGCGCACGGGCAGCAACCUGAGCCAGGCUAGCACAAGCACACAAUCUACUUCAGCGGCAGCCCAAACACCACAACCACAAGCUUCAACAUCCGCAGCAGCAGCAGCGGCCGCCGCUGCCGCUAUUACAGCAGCUGCCAACAAUUCAGGUGCGAACACAAAUGAGGGUAUAAUAGCAACUGGAAUCGCAACAACAACACCAACGAACGCAUCGAACACAACAACAGCAACAAACAAGAACAAUGGCCAAGCAUUCUUAGUCUAAAUGCUAAGUGCUAAGCUUUAAGUUUGUGUUUGGUGUUGUUGUAGUUGUAGUUGUUGUUAUUGUUAUUAUUGUAAUUGUUCCUGGUUCCCCCUUGCUGGCUGGCAUGCUUUCGCAGUGCUGUUGUUAUUGUCAAGUCUUUGUUAUGUUAUUGCCGUAAGUACGUAGCAGCCAUUUACGACGCCAUCUUAACUCUUCAAACAAAAUAAUAUAAAACAAAAGCACAAAAGCAUAAGCAUAAAAGCAACAACACAACGCAAGAACAUAAAAGCAGCAAAAGCAGCAGAAGCAGAAGAAGUAGCAGAAGUUUUAUGUGUUAAGCAUAACACGCAAGAGUACACACAUGCAGCAAGUAAUGCCACACUGUUGUUGCUGUCUUUUGUUGUUGUUGUUUUAUAUUCCAUUAAUUUGACAUUAAUAUUAAAAAUUAAAAAUUUAAACAAAAUUAACUAAGUAUGAAAUGCAAAAAAAGACUUUCCAUAGGAUAGCGACUUCUUCAUAUAUAUAUGAUUUGUAUAUGUGUGUUUAGAUGUCUCUGUGUGCGUGUUACGUGUGUAGUUUCCUACGUAUAAACACUUUUCAAAUUCAAUGUGAUAUUAAAUAAUUUUUAAUUGUAUGUAUGUAAACUUUUUGUUGUCACUGUAAAUUAUAUAUAAAUAUAUACGAAAACAAAAAAAUAAGAUAAAACUAAUUAAUAUUAAAAAAUUAACGUUAGACUAGUAAAUUUAUGACUAUUUAAAAAUAUUAAAUAUUUAUAGGUGUUAAUUAAAAAUAAAACAAAAACAAAAAAAAACAAAUGUAAUAAAAGCACAUAUUUCAUUGUAAAUAAACAAAUUAGCGGAUUUAUGUAUUAACUUGUAUGAAUGUAUGUAAAUUAGUAAAACGACUAAGCAAAGCAGAAUGGCUAAUUUAUUAACUAUUUCUGGCAGAACUACUAAAAAUAAAAUAUAUUAACUAAAAAGUAAAAACAAAAACAAAAAAAGCGACAAAAAAUUACUUAAAUUAAAUUUUAAGUGGACUGAUAGUUUCUUAUAGCGAAAUCCUACUGAAGUAUAUAAUUAAAUAUUCUAGAAUUUGCAAAUUGUUAAUUAUUUUCCAUUUAAAAUUUUAGCGAAAAUGUUU